ACAAUUCGAACGGGCGUCAAGUGUAGAACACGAAAAUUCGAGAAAGCCAAAAUCGAUAAUAACGAAUAAGUGAUUUAAUUUUCAUCGAAUUAAAAAAAAAAAAAACUCAAAAUGGUUUACGAAAGUGGAUUUACAACCCGUAGAACUUACAGCUCCAGACCGGUGACUACAUCGUACGCCGUGACGUAUCCGUCUGCUCAUAAUGUGACUCGUGUAUACAAAACGAGCUAUCCCAUCUACUCGAGUUAUUCAAUCCCAAGACGUAUCGUCAGUGGAACACGUGUUAUAACAUCGCCUGUUCGGGUUGUUACCUCUCCCAGCCGCGUCUAUUCGCGCAUUGUCCACUCUCCAUCGCCUGUGCGUGUUGUGCGCACGACAACGCGUGUUAUUUCAUCGCCGGAGAGAACAACCUCCUACUCAUACACUUCGCCAACGACAUACACUUCGUAUAGUCCAUCGACCUAUUUGCCAUCGACCUAUUACACUUCGUCCUAUAUCCCCACCUCGUAUACGACAUACACACCGUCGUAUUACUACAAUCCCACAACUAUUACACGCGUCUAUGCCCGCUCGGCAUCGCCAUCGCCACUGAGGAUCACUACAUCUCCGGUUCGUGCAAUUCCCUCAUACUUGAAGAGACUCCCUCCUGGAUAUGGCGCACGGGCCUUAACUAAUUACCUCAAUACUGAACCCUUUACCACCUUCACUGAGGAAACGGGUCGGAUUCGCAAUCGGGCCCAAUCCUUGAUUCGCGAUCUGCACACUCCAGUCGUACGCCGUGCACGAAGCUGCACACCUUUCCCUGUGACUGGCUACUCCUAUGGCCCUACAUCACAAUUGGCCCUAGAUGCUUAUGUAGCACGUGUUACAAAUCCGGUGCGACACAUUGCAAAGGAAGUUCACAAUAUUUCUCACUACCCAAGACCAGCUGUAAAGUAUGUUGAUGCCGAAUUGGAUCCGAAUCGCCCAACGAGAAAAUUCUCUGCUCCCAGGCCACUUGAAGAUGCUGUCGAUCUGGAGUCCAAGGAGAAGCAACGUCUACGCCAGGAACGCCUGAUGACCGUCAACGAAGACGAUCUUGAAGUGGAGAAGAAACAAGCUCAGUUGGCCGAUGAAGCGAAGCGUCGCAAAGAGAUUGCUCUCAAGGAGAAGAAACAACGGGAGGAGGCUGAAAAAAAGGCUGAAGAACAGGCCCGUUUGGCUGAGGCAGCCAAGCAAGCUGCUGCUGCGGAAAAGGCCCGUUUAGCCGAAGAGGCAGCUCAAAGGGCCGCCGAAGAAGAAGCACAAGCCGCAGCAGAAGCAGAAGCAGAAGCAGCAGCUGCCGCUAAAAAAGCCGAAGAGGAACGUUUAGCUGAAGAGGCCCGUGCUGCCGAGGAAGCAGCACAAAAAUUGGCAGAAGAAGAAGCCCGAGCUGCCGAAGAAGCCAGAGCUGCAGCAGAAGCCAAGGCUGCCGAAGAAGCUGCCGCCCGACAAGCUGAGGAGGAGGCCCGUUUGGCUGAAGAGGCUGCUCAAAAGGCAGCGGAAGAGGCUGCUGCACAAAAAGCCGAAGAGGAACGCUUGGCUGAGGAGGCCCGCCUAGAAGAGGAGCAGCGUUUGCGGGAGCAGGAGUUGAGUCGCCUGGAGGAAAUCGAGAAGCAGGCCGAAGAGGAACGUGAGGGCGAUCUUGCACGCCAAGCAGCUGAAUUGGCCGAAAUCGCCCGCCAGGAGGCGGAAAUUGCUGCUCAAGAGCUGCAGUCGAUUCAAAAGGAAAGUAGAGAUGUUGCUGAGCCCAUAAUUGAUGAGCCAUCCACUCCUGUGGAAGAUCAUCAACAGGAACCGACCAUAGAAUUAAGUUCGAAUAUCGAAGAUGUUUCAGGCCAGUUGGACAACACUGGCGGAGAUAGUGUUGUAGAAGAAUCUGAAGAUGAGGAAGACGACGAAGAAUAAGGAAUUACACCAAUGAUCAUUUUUGCUGACGACAUCUAUAAUUAAUGUUCAUUGAAAUUAGAAACCUUUUUAUUUUUUGCGAAUUCAAAAACAUGAUGGUAAACAGUUUAAUUUGUUAAAAUUUUAACUGUGUCUAUUUGCCAUAAGAACAAUGUAGUUGUUUUUAAUAUAAUUUUAUAGCAUUAUAAUUGCCAAAGCUUUUGUGAACACUAACACUACUAGCUGAAUGACACUUCCUAUCAGAUUAACAUAAUAGAAAUAUGAUUCAAAUCUUUUAUAUAUUUAAGAAAUAUAUAAAUAUGAUUACGAUUCUCA